AUGACUGGUCCGUUUACAUGUUGCUAAGCAACCAUAACAAACAUCAAGUCUUCUGCAUUGAUAAUAUUUUUUAAUAUUCUCUAUUUUAUUAUACAAAUAUUAGGUAAUUCAUAUAUUAGACUAAAACAUAAAAGACUGAAGUGAGCAACAUGGGUGAUGUGAAAAACUUGGAGUCUUAUGCUAUCAUUGGAUUUGAUGGAUCCGCCAUCAGAGGUCUAAAAGUUCACCCAGACAGUGAACAUAUUGUGUACCCAAUGGGUAACAAAGUCUGCAUCCAAGAGUGGAAGACCAAGAAAAUGUUCUUCCUCAGCGGCCACACAAACAGCGUGUCGACAGUCGCGUUGUCUCCUAAAGGCACCUUCGUGGGUUCUGGACAAAUAAACCACAUUGGCUUCAAAGCUUCUGCUAAAGUAUGGGAUUUUAAGAAGAAGACGCUGCUUGGGAGUCAUGAGUUGCAUAAGGUCCGCGUGGAAGCGCUAACAUUCUCAUCAGACGAGCGCUACAUGAUAUCCUUAGGUGGUCGAGAUGACGGCUGCGUGGUGCUCUGGGACUGCUUCGCAGGGUCAGCUACGGGCACCGCCGCGGCAUCCAAGCUAACUACAGGAGAUGCUAUGACGCUAACUGCUCUCAAUUUGAGAGUCAACUCCUUUGUUACUGGUGGAGAUUCUAACCUCAGGGUGUGGAACAUUCGCGCCGAGAGCAAGAAUCUGGACGUGGUCGACGUGUCGCUCGGCAAACUCCGGCGCAGCGUGCGUUGUAUAGCGGUUAGCAGGGACGAUACAUAUGGAUAUGCAGGCACUACGACCGGUGACAUGAUAAAGUUCUCAAUCAACUACCCGUCCGAUCCCACUGCUUCGGUCGCUAUGUGCAAGCCUGCGCUGAUCGGCUGCCUCGCCAAGUGCGGCCCAUGGAAGAAGGGCAAAAGACCUGAAUCUCUCUGCUAUAGUCAAGGAAUUGAAUCAAUACUUAUAAUGGAUGACGGAUGUCUUAUUGUGGGAGGUGGAGACGGCACUAUAGAUGUGCUGGACGAGAUCAACUGGAAGGGAUCGUUUCCCAAGGGCAAGAUACUCGACCCUAACAAGCCUCAUUUUAAAGCUCUAAAAUCAACAAAGCUAGAGGGCAGUAUAACCUCCUUGGAGCUGAUGGAGUCGCCUACAAUGCAAGGCAACAGACGGCUACUCCUGGCCGGUACUAGAAGCAGCGAGAUAUACGCCAUUAACGUGGCCACAUUCAACCCCACGCUGGUCGUCACCUGCCAUCGAUGUGCUAUCAAUGAUAUUGCGUUUCCAAGAGGUAUGUCAGGAGUGUUCGCUACAGCCGGGGCGGGUGACGUCAGAGUGUGGUGUCUGGAGACCUGUCAGGAGUUGCUGCGGAUCGUGGUGCCCAACUUUACGUGUUCCGCUGUCUUGUUCUCUGGCGAUGGCAAGUCUAUUGUAUCAGCUUGGAACGACGGCAACAUCCGUGCAUUCACUCCGCUGACGGGGCGACUGAUCUACUGCAUCUUCAACACGCAUAACAAGGGAACUUCUGCACUCGACAUGACCACUGACGGUAGGACCCUGAUCUCCGGCGGAUGUGAGGGGCAGGUCCGUGUGUGGGACAUAAAGCCAGAACGCCAGACCUUGAAGAAAGUGCUGAAAGAACACAAGAGCCCCGUGUCCGCCAUACAGGUGUCGCCGAACAACACUGAGGCAGUCAGCGCCGGCACUGAUGGCUCCUGCAUUAUAUGGGAUUUGAUUUCACUAUCCCGUCGACAAGUGAUGUACGCGAACACGCUGUUCAUGUGUGUGUGCUUCGAGCCGCAAGGCUGUCAGCUGCUCACCGGCGGCUCCGAUAGACGCGUGGCUUACUGGGAGACUGGCAGCGGUAAUCUGGCUAGAGAACUGGAAGCGAGCAAAGUGGGUGCUGUCAAUGGACUUCACAUUACUCAGAACGGGGAACUCUUCGCUACGGGAGGCAACGAUCAGAUGGUUAAGUUGUGGAAGUACCAGGAAGGCAUCUACACGCACAUGGGUCUGGGGCACGCGGGCGCGGUGACGUGCACGCGCUUCAGCCCCGACGCGCGCUACAUCGUCAGCGCCUGCGCCGCCGGCAGCAUCAUCGUGUGGCGCGUGCCCGAGCAAUACAUCCACAAAGAGACCACACCGCCUAAAAGCAAGCAGACAUCGGCCAACUCCCAGAAGACGUUACAAGACGAGCUCCGACUACCUCUGGCGGAGAAGGCCUCGCACAAGGCCGCCGGAGACCGGCCCUAUGUGCCCGCCGCACCUAAUAAGACUGAAAAAAUCGAAGCAAUGGAUACGACGCGCGGCAGCGUACACUCGUGCUGCCCGUGCGACGACACCGCUCGCACUGACAACAGCAAGAAGACCGAUAAAACUAAACCUCCCACCGGAAUCAAAUGCUGUAGACCACCAGAUAACCUACCAACGCGGACGACAAGCAAAGAGUAUGUCAGUGGCAGUGGUGACAGAAAAUAGGCCCAGAUAUUCGAGUGUUGUGCCUAAGCGAUUGCGUAGCAGACUGCCUUCCCCUACUGUCCAUGAAUAGUAGUGGAAGCAAUAAGAUAAGAUGUUACAAUUGACCCUAAGUAUUCAUGACUCUCGAAUUAUAUUUAU